AUGGGAUUUAUCUAUUAUCUCUUCUGGCCAAUUCUGUCAUUGUGCAGUUUAAUUAUUAGUCAUGUUUGGUUAGUUCUAUUUUCAAUAUUUUUAGUAGGCGUUGGCGCAUUUUUCACUUCAUAUUAUCUAUUCGCCUAUCCUGCAAAUCAGUCAAGUAACUCAAGUGCAGCAACAUCAGCGAGAAAUUCGCCAAAUAAAGAAAAAAGAAAUGUGGUGACGAUUCUCGAAACGGACAACGAGGAUGAUGAGUCGACGCCAACGGGCAGCGGACGACUAAUACAACCGCCGAAUUCAUUGAAUUUGCAGAAUGGGAAUCUCGUUAAUUCGGUAAAUUCGCAGGGAGCCGCACGGUUGCGCAAACGCGAUUGGGCUAAGAAGAUUUACAAGAGUCUAGUGCACGAAUCGUCUCGUCGUACGCCCAGCGAUGAUUCAUCGGAUAAUUCAGCUUCUACUCCAAAUGGUACACAGAGGAAACGACGAUGGACAAGAAGGCGACAAUCCACAGCCCUUCAAUUAGCCCGAGAUCUGCUUCGACGCGGCAGUCGAAACUACUUCAAAGCGAAUGCCGAACAAGGUCGAGAGACUCGAUUACGACCGCCGCAGGAAUUUUUUGAGCCUCGAGAUUUGCCUGAAAUACCGCACAAUUUGCAACCAGAAAUUUUCUAUAUUCUUCAUAAUUUGAAAAUGCUCGAGUUGCCGCUUGAAUGGAAACUGGAUCCUCGUGAGAUCGAAGUUCGAACAUUCAAAGCUGGAGAAUAUAUAGUGAAGCCAGGAGACCAGGAUGAUGCAAUAUAUGUGUCGAUUGAUGGAGAAUUAACAGUCCAUAUUAGACAUAUGGAACAAAAAGAAUACCUGGUGAAACGAAUUCCGGCUGGUGGAAGCUUUUUCUCGCUUCUUUCAAUGCUCGACAUCCUCAUGGACUUCCCUUCUGUGUUCAAAACUGUUGCGUUGAAAGCUGCCGAACCGUGCAGAGUGGCAAAAUUUCCGAUCACAUCAUUCCGAUCGUCAUAUAACAAGAACCCAGAAGCUUGGAUUCGUCCAAUUCAAAUUGUGAUUACCCGACUCCUUCAUGUAACAUUGACAACUCUUCAUCAGUAUAUGGGGCUCAGCUCGGAAUUGAUGAGACGAGGUUCACGAGGUGCUGAUUCACGUAAUCCCAACAACUCAAUGAAAUUCCCACUUCCACUUCCAGUAAAGAAGAAGGAAAAACUGUUCAACAUCAAUGACAGCGAAGAAGAACAGCUGGUGGUAGCGCGAAAAUGGAUGGCGGAGGCGUUUGGUCUGAAUUCUGAACAGGGUGCUGAAGAAAUUGGCAAUAAAAUUCAAAUUGCCAAAUACGACGCGAAUCAUGUUGUAAUUGAACAAGGUGCUGAAGAAGAGCUUCUCAUGCUCGUUUUGAGUGGAACACUGGCGCUAACUCAGGAUGCGCUUUUCGAUGAGGAGAAUAAUGAUGAUGAGGAUCGAGCUGUGAUUCGAGUUACUGCACGCGAACUAGUCGGAGGUCUUCAAAUUCUGACGAAUGAGCCAUCGUUUUACACAAUUCGUGCGAUUGUGCCCACACAUGUGGCGAUAAUGAAGAAGACUGAUUUUUCCGCGUUCCUCGAAGCACACCCCCAGAUUUAUUUGCCAGUCGCACACUCGGUUUUGCGGCGGCUUUCGCCGUUCUUACGCGGUGUCGAUUUUGCGCUUGAUUGGGUUCUCGUUGAUUCGGGACAUGCCGUUUAUCGAGAGGGUGAUCUUGCUGAUUCUUUGUUUGUCGUACUCAGUGGUCGAUUGCGUUCAGUCGAGAAGAAGACGGUUGUUGAAGAAUUUGGACGAGGUGAUGUGCUCGGAAUGAUGGAAGUUUUGACGAAGAAGCCACGAAACACCACGGUUUUGGCAGUUCGAUUCUCACAAUUAGCGCGAGUUCCGGAAGGACUACUUAACUUUAUCAAAAUGCAAUUUCCGCAAGUCGGAUUUCGGCUGGUGCAGCUGCUUGGACAGUAUUACAGUCAGAUGAAUCGACGAAUCCCGCUGGCGCCUGGUGGAAUUGUGCGCUCAUUGGAGAACAAUUCGACGGAUCCCAUGAGUCACAUCAAAAAUCUGCACACUAUUGCUGUUGUGCCAGCUUCUCAAGAUGUGCCAUUGAUUUCUUUCACCUGCGAGCUGUACCAUGCAUUGUCUGCGAACCUAAGAGUUCUGAGAUUGAGCAGUCAAAAAGUGGCGACUUACCUUGAUCCAGCCGUUCUAGAAAAACAGGCUGAUUUCCGUUUGAUGCAUUGGUUGAAUGUGCAAGAGGAUACGUAUCCAUUGGUAAUUUAUGAGUGCGACUUCACACCAACAAACUGGACGCGAAGAUGUUUGAGGCAAGCUGAUGCGAUUCUCGUUGUCGCGAUUGGUGGCAAAAAGCCGGAGCAACAGACAUUGAUGCGCGAAUUGAUGAGCAUGAAUCAGGAUGGUGUGCGAACCAACAAGGAGCUGAUCCUUUUGUGGCCUGAGAAGACGAAAACACCCUCAGGCACUAUUGAAUGGCUUAAAAACAGUUAUUACUCUGGACAUCAUCAUAUUAGAGCACCAAAACGAAUGCUACAAUGGAACAAGAAACGUCUCAGGAGACCUGAGACUGCCGAAAAUCUGGAGAAAGAGAUUAUCAACUAUUAUGAAAACAACGUGUUCUGUACAUCGGACCGAAGAUCUGAUUUUUCACGGUUGGCUCGAAUUUUAACCGGAAAUGCUAUUGGUUUGGUUCUUGGUGGAGGUGGAGCUCGUGGAGCCGCGCAUGUUGGCGUACUUCGCGCACUUCGAGAACAAGGUGUUCCGGUUGACAUAGUUGGAGGAACUUCAAUUGGAUCGUUGAUCGGUGGUCUCUAUGCUGAAACUCCUGAUGAUGUGGUUGUUGAGCAAAGAGCGUCUUCAUGGUUCCAUGCAAUGUCAUCGCUAUGGCGAAAACUAUUGGACUUGACAUACGCUCACAGCGCGAUGUUUACGGGUGCACAGUUCAAUUAUUCAAUAAAGGAUUUGUUCGAUGAUCGACUAAUCGAGGAUCUCUGGAUACCGUAUUUUUGUAUUUCCACGGACAUCAGUACUUCGGAAAUGCGGGUACAUCAAUCGGGUCCACUUUGGUCAUAUUGUCGGGCUUCGAUGUCGCUCGCCGGCUAUCUUCCCCCUUUAUGUGAUCCGCAAGAUGGACAUCUGCUGUUGGAUGGCGGUUAUGUGAACAACGUUCCGGCUGAUGUGAUGCGCAACCUUGGCGCCAAAAUUGUAAUCGCGUGCGAUGUUGGUUCGAUCGAAGAGACAAAUCUAUACGAUUAUGGUGAUUCAUUGAGCGGAAUAUGGGUGCUUCUCAAGAAAUUGAAUCCGUUCGGCGAACCGGUCCGAAUAUUGAAUAUGGAAGAAAUUCAGAGUCGAUUGGCCUAUGUAUCAUGUGUAAGACAGCUGGAAGUUGUCAAGAAGGCGUCAUACUGUAGGUACUUGCGGCCGCCGAUUGAGCUAUUCAAAACGCUUGACUUUCCGAGAUUUGAAGAGAUCAUGAAUAUUGGAUUGAAGUAUGGAAGGCAAGUGGUUAGCGAGUUGGUUGCCAAGGAUCGCGAGGCGAUUCUUGGAGAUGAACGCAAGACGAAGAGGUUCAAGAGGCAGCCCAGUCGACGUGAAAAAUCGGAUAUGUCACGGGCAGUGUCGUUCACGGAUCUUGCCGCGGCAAUGUCGAAGAUCCCGGUGGCACGACCGACGUUGCGACAUUCAAUGAGCUUGAAUCCGAAUGAACCGGUUGGAAGAGCUGGCGACAAUUUCCUUUUGGAUGACGAGUUAUUUAAUGAAAGUGAUUUCUAUGAUGAUUCAUCGCAAUCGGAAAAUGAGACGGGCAACAAGGCGGACCGGAAGAGCAGCAGCAGAGAGGACAGCGAUGGAAGCAUGUCAAGUGAUGCACGUGGAGCCACUCCAAAACCGCCAUUAUAA